AUGGAUUUUCGCAAAAAGGAACUGGAAGCCUAUCAUAUUGAAGUUCUCGUGAGAAAUUUCUACGAUUCAGGAGUAGAAAUUCGCAAUGCAUCGAAUGCAUUCCAAGACAGCGGGAUCAUAGCGGUGAUUUGCUUCUUCUACAGAGGCACCGAUGGGACGCAAUCCCUUAUGGAUGGUCCGAGAAGCCCCCUGCCACUGAACCGGCAAGCAAACGUGGGAGCGCCUUCCCCUUAUGUGUCCCCAGAGCAAGUGCAGAUGCUUUUCGAAUGCCAGCGUAUCUUCCUUCAUUACGGAAGGACUCAGGGGAUCCCAAAAUUAAAAUUUGUGGCAGCAGAAGCGAUGGGAAUGGAAGGACUGUGCGAGAUCGUAUUGAGUGAGGCUGGAGGGGCUUCACGUGGACUGUUUGUCCCUCCAGGAGAGCCUUUCAACGUUCGAGUUCAGGUUUCGCCGAAUGGAGGGGAUUGCGAAGUGCAUUGGAACUGGCCUGUUGUUGGAGGAAACUAUGUCAACGGGUUUAUCGUCUCGCUUGCAGCUGACAGCGACGACUGGAAAUCUAUUCAGGUGGAUUCCUCACCGGCCAGGAUUCUCGGCCUUGUCCCGGGACAGAUAUACCGUUUCAUGGUGAGUGCCCUGAGUCGUAUUGGAAUUGGACCGCCGAGUCCGAUUGUCACAUCGGGCACCCCUCCAAUCCAACAUUUGAGUCAAUACACUAGAAAUCCCACUUCAGCAUCAGUUCAACAAGUCUCCUUGGCCGACUUGGGGCAAGACCGAGCUGACAGCGACGACUGGAAAUCUAUUCAGGUGGAUUCCUCACCGGCCAGGAUUCUCGGUCUUGUCCCGGGACAUAUAUACCGUUUCAUGGUGAGUGCCUUGAGUCGUAUUGGAAUUGGACCGCCGAGUCCGAUUGUCACAUCGGGCACCCCUCCAAUCCAACAUUUGAGUCAAUACACUAGAAAUCCCACUUCAGCAUCAGUUCAACAAGUCUCCUUGGCCGACUUGGGGCAAGACCGAGGAAAGAGAAAGCUGAGAAGGUUCGUGACUAAAAUGCGAAGAUGGUUCAGAAAGAGUACGACAAGCCGAGAAGGAUUCACGAUCACCAGAACUGGAACCUUCAGGGAAAAGGAGAAGACCGCAGGUGAGAAUAAAAAGUUGGAGGAGAGGAAGAAGACUACGACGACACGCAGAAAGGACUCGACCACGGACGAGGAGGAAGAACGAGAGACAAAGGAGAAAGAAGCGCAGGAACAAAGGAAGCAACGCCUUAGGAAAAAUCUCCUUGAUGCCAUUGUGGCGAAGGAAGACCUCAGAGCAGAUAUCGAGGAAUUAUCCGCUACUUUGAAAAGCACGGCAAAAGAAAUUCGUGGGAUUCUCCAGGAAGACGAGCAGCUCCUCGUGACGAACGGCGCGGUGUCUCUGAAUGUCACGUUGACGAUAUGCAGAGGAGUCCACCACUUCUUGGACGACCUUGGCCUGCACCGCCCGGCUGACCUCUGUCGGGAAUACAACGUCGGACACGGGUGCAGUCGCGGGGAUGAAUGCCUCAAGCUGCACAUUUGUGCUGGCUAUAUCGCCGGGACUUGCGAAGAAUGCAAGCUGAAUCAUGACGUCUUCGGAGUAGAAAUUCGCAAUGCAUCGAAUGCAUUCCAAGACAGCGGGAUCACAGCGGUGAUUUGCUUCUUCUACAGAGGCACCGAUGGCACAAAAUCCCUUAUGGAUGGUCCGAGAAGCCCCCUGCCUCUGAACCGGCAAGCAAACGUGGGAGCGCCUUCCCCUUAUGAGUCCCCAGAGCAAGUGCAGAUGCUUUUCGAAUGCCAGCGUAUCUUCCUUCAUUACAGAAGGACUCAGGGGAUCCCAAAAUUAAAAUUUGUGGCAGCAGAAGCGGUGGGAAUGGAAGGACUGUGCGAGAUCGUAUUGAGUGAGGCUGGAGGGGCUUCACGUGGAGUGUUCGUCCCUCCAGGAGAGCCUUUCAACGUUCGAGUUCAGGUUUCGCCGAAUGGAGGGGAUUGCGAAGUGCAUUGGAAUUGGCCUGUUGUUGGAGGAAACUAUGUCAACGGGUUUAUCGUCUCGCUUGCAGCUGACAGCGACGACUGGAAAUCUAUUCAGGUGGAUUCCUCACCGGUCAGGAUUCUCGGUCUUGUCCCGGGACAGAUAUACCGUUUCAUGGUGUGUGCCCUGAGUCGUAUUGGAACUGGACCGCCGAGUCCGAUUGUCACAUCGGGCACCCCUCCAAUCCAACAUUUGAGUCAAUACACUAGAAAUCCCACUUCAGCAUCAGUUCAACAAGUCUCCUUGGCCGACUUGGGGCAAGACCGAGGUGGGCUGGAAUAUGCGACCUCUGACCGCCAAGAUGCAAGGCAAUUGGUGGCUGGAAGAAUCGGUCCUCUUCGAAGACCUGCGGAGUAUCUGAUGCAGAAGGCAACUCUCACUCGCAAUGGAUUGUAUCAAGUCCCCGUAGAGGACAUAAUGAGAGAUCCAGAUGAAAGGACAGCCAAGUGUAGGCUGUCUUUCGACUCGACUUAUGAAGACAUGGAAGAAAGAGUCAUUAUUCUCCUCGGGGCCACUGGAGCAGGUAAGAGCACUCUGGUGAACGGAUUCGUCAAUAAUUUCUACGGAGUGGAGUUGGAAGACCCCUUCCGGCUGGUCUUGAUCCCAGACACCGAAAGUGGCAAGCCCAAGGUGCAAAGUCAGACUUCCUGGGUCACGGCGUACACACUCCCAUGGCAGGAGGGAUGCCGAGCGUCCUUCAACCUCACCAUCGUGGACACCCCUGGAUUUGGAGACAUGAGGGGCUUAUUGGGGGACAAGAGUGUCAUGACGAGGUUGAUGAAAUUAUUUUCGAAAGGGAAUUCGGAAGGUCUGGAUCAUCUCGAUGCGGUCGGCUUCGUGCUUCAGGCAUCCAAUACCAGUCUCACCCUAAUAGAGAAAUAUGCCUUCGACUCGGUCCAAUCUGUCUUUGGGAAGGAUGUCAUCAACAAUAUAUUCUUGAUGAUCACGUUCGCCGGUAGGAAGAUUCCGCCUGUUGUCAAGGCCGUCUGGGAAGGAAGCAUUCCCUUCGUGGAUUUCUUCCGUUUCAAUUUUUCCACACUCUUUGCUUCCAACGAUGCAAAGGAUUCUGAGGAUCACCGGUUUGCUGCCACGAGUUGGCGAUCGAGUUCAAGGAGUUUCUCCAAUUUCCUUGCCAAGUUCCAGGAAUCCAAGCCUUUAAGGCUCCAGCUGAGCAUGAGGGUUCUGAAACGGAGGGACGCUAUUGGAAAGAAAAUCGUCACGAGUCAUGACCGAAUAGACGACGAAACGAAGACUCUGGAAGACCUGAAGCGGUCCUACGGCAAAGCCAUUUCGGGAAAGAUGUUUACUGAGAGCUCGAAAGCAUCUCCGGAGAAACACACAGCGAUCCGAUCCGAGGUCACGAAUCUCGUCCUGGAAGCCCACGAAAACCUCUGCGAGUUGGAAAAGAUCUCCCCCAUGCCGAACCGCACGACGGCCGCCGACUACGUGGAACUCUUGAUCUCGGCCGAGAACCACCAAAUGAAGCCUGGCUGGACGGAUAGGAUCAGAAUACUCCAGGACGUCCGCAUUCAAGAGCAGGAUCGUUCGGCGGCCAAUUUCUACGGAGUGGAGUUGGAAGACCCCUUCCGGCUGGUCUUGAUCCCAGACACCGAAAGUGGCAAGCCCAAGGUGCAAAGUCAGACUUCCUGGGUCACGGCGUACACACUCCCAUGGCAGGAGGGGUGCCGAGCGUCCUUCAACCUCACCAUCGUGGACACCCCUGGAUUUGGAGACAUGAGGGGCUUAAUGGGGGACAAGUGUGUCAUGACGAGGUUGAUGAAAUUAUUUUCGAAAGGAAAAUCGGAAGGUCUGGAUCAUCUCGAUGCGGUCGGCUUCGUGCUUCAGGCAUCCAAUACCAGUCUCACUCUAAUAGAGAAAUAUGCCUUCGACUCGGUCCAAUCUGUCUUUGGGAAGGAUGUCAUCAACAAUAUAUUCUUGAUGAUCACGUUCGCCGAUAGGAAGUUUCCGCUUGUUCUCGAGGCCUUCCGGGAAGGAAACAUUCCCUUUGUGGAUUUCUUCCGUUUCAAUUUUUCCUCACUUUUUGCUUCCAACGAUGCAAAGAAUUUUGAGGAUUACCAUGAGUUUGCUGCCACGAGUUGGCGAUCGAGUUCAAGGAGUUUCUCCAAUUUCCUUGCCAAGUUCCAGGAAUCCAAGCCUUUAAGGCUCCAGCUGAGCAUGAGGGUUCUGAAACGGAGGGACGCUAUUGGAAAGAAAAUCGUCACGAGUCAUGACCGAAUAGACGACGCUUUGCUUGCCCUGAGUUCCAUAAAAAAUGAAACGGUCCCACUGGAGCGGCGGAAGGAUGAAACAAGUUCUAAAAGGAAUUUUCCUUCCCAAGCACAAGUUACGAAGCAGCGGAGGGUCGAACUGCGGGUGGGUGAAUACGCCACGAAUUGCAUGAGAUGCAAUUUUACUUGCCACUAUCCUUGCACGAUAUCAAAGGAAGGGCAGAUGGGAGCGUGCGAUGUCAUAAACCCAGAAACAGGUUACUGCAGGGUUUGUCCUUCAAAAUGUCACUUCAGGGAGCAUGUGAACAGUGGGCAUCGAUUCGAGUCAUACAACGUGACAGAAUCGAAGACUCUGGAAGACCUGAAGCGGUCCUCCGGCAAAGCCAUUCCGGGAAAGACGUUUACUGAGAGCUCGAAAGCAUCUCCGGAGAAACACACAGCGAUCCGAUCCGAGGUCACGGAUCUCGUCCGGGAAGCCCACAAAAACCUCUGCGAGUUGGAAAAGAUCUCCCACAUGCCGAACCGCACGACGGCCGCCGACUACGUGGAACUCUUGAUCUCGGCCGAGAACCACCAAAUGAAGCCUGGCUGGACGGAUAGGAUCAGAAUAAAAACCUCUGCGAGUUGGAAAAGAUCUCCCCCAUGCCGAACCGCACGACGGCCGCCGACUACGUGGAACUCUUGA